ACAAAAAAGUGGGUUGUAAACAGUAAAUACUUGGUGGAAAUAGGAAUACCCACAAUCGCAGGUCGUCGGAGUACGUUGUUCUCACAGUUGGCGCGUCUUCUUCCCCGAAACAUGGCAUCGGAGUCCUCGAAAUCUGCUCGUAAAGUUGUUGUCCAUCUAAGAGCAACUGGUGACGCCCCAAUUCUCAAGCAAGCCAAGUUCAAGAUUGGAGGUACUGAUAAGUUUGCUAAAGUGAUUGACUUUCUUCGUCGCCAGCUUCACAGGGAGACAUUGUUUGUUUAUGUCAACAGUGCCUUCUCACCCAACCCAGACGAGCUGGUGAUUGAUCUGUAUAAUGUAAGUUUUUACGUUUUAAGUUCAUUUUCUCAUGUUUUUUGGAUAAGUAUGCUUUAUAUUACAGCAAUUAUGUUAAGGUUAAAUUGUCAGAUAGUAGUCAAACCUAACCAUAUUCUGUUUUUUGUAUCUAUGUGGGCUCAGUUGUAAUCUCUAAUAGUUCUGCUAUGUUCUGAGCAUGAAGGACCAUAUGGGACACGGUACCAAUCUGUGAGACCACAUGCUAGUUCUGAGUGCUUAAAUAGAAAGUUUCCAAUUACCAAGUUUAGAUUCCAGUCGCUACUAUAUGUCCCUAAGUUAUAUUUGUUGCAAUCGUAAUCUGUAUUGUCUUCACCAAAUCGAUAUGUGGAAUGUUUGGAAGGCAGUUUGCCCUCAAUUGCUAAUUUAGUUUUGCCGCUUCUGAAUUUUCAGAACUUCGGUUUUGAUGGAAAGCUGGUGGUUAACUAUGCUUGCUCCAUGGCAUGGGGCUAAAUAUCACUGAUGGAUCUAAGCUGUACAUCAUAUGCUUCUCUUCAUAUGGUGAGCACAUUCCGUAAUAUAUUCCAAGUUUAGUUCACCUAUCUUGUCCUAUCAUCUGGCAAGUGAUUAACUUGAUGACCGUCACAUUCAUGAUUAGGUUCUUUCUCCCCUCCUCCAACUAUCACUAUCCAUCACCAGAGUAGCAAUGACUGCUAUUUCAUCUCCGAACUUUUUUUUUUUUUUUUUUGAUCAUCAUCUCCUGCAACUGUUUGGAAAAUAGAAGCAUGGUAGCGGGCAUAAAGUUGGAUGUCUAAAAUUUGUCAAAAAGGAUAUUGAUGUACAUGAUAAACUGAACACGGUAGGAUUUGAUUGUAUUCUUUGGGGUUUCGUUAAUCGAAAAGUUUCACAUUUUAUU